UUCAGAUAGACGGAGAAUAUGUUCAAGUCACGGCAGUCUCAUGGUCCUCACAGUCAACAAACCUGACAGUUGUGAGGUCACAGAUGGGUAGCUCAGCAACCGCCCAUCAAGCCUCGAGUACUUUGACUUUGGUCCUGGUUGACAAGAGACCGGUUCUUGUCUUGACUUGUUCUGCUGCGUCCACGACAGACAUGGACGCUUCAUCGGGGUAUUUGGUUGAUUUUGCAUGGAUGCCUCAAAGUUCCUUUGUGCCAAACGACAAGUACCUGCAAAACGUGGGCAAAUCUGAAUAUUCCAUUGAAAUCUGUGACAAGUACAAUGCUCCAUUUAGUCAGGACGCUCCAUUUCAAGUAUUGCAAGAUGAAAAUCUCAACAGACACUCUGUUCGCGGGGCUGACUCUGCCAUUACCACUGAAGGGUUCACACACCUCGGGUAUGUCUCAAGCGUGGGUGUUGUGCAGAAGCAGAAUUACUUGUCUUCGAUCUCGGGGGCUGCGAACACAUCCUUGUUUGAGAUCAAGGGAUGGUACCUGACGCCCUCAGACCUCGACAUCACUGGCGGCGACUCCAACUCCUACAUCAACGGGCCCAAGGCGGAGAGAAACUCCAACUACCUGCAUGUCAGCCUGGGAUCGCAUGGGUCCGAUGCGGUGAGCCUCAACUGCCACAUCGUUAGCGUCCCCGAGGGCUUUUGCGAGAAGGACUACAGCAUCCCAUGCAGCUGUCACAUGACUGCCAACUGUUCGUCAGAGUGCUCGACCGGCUACUGCCUGACCGGGCCCUCGUCUGGCCUGGAUCACUCCUGGUAUGGGGUGAAGAAGCCGUCCAUCUUGUGCGAUCUCACCGAAGAUGCUCAUGCGCACCAGACCCUCAACAUCUACUGGCACGGAGUCGUGACAUCGCUAUCCAACUGGUACAGGACGCCGACUCCGGUCGUGACGUCCUUGAGCCCUCCAAUGGCUCCUUACUAUGGUGGAAUCUCCAUCACAAUCCGGGGGAUGUUCUUCGGAGGAGCAGCGACGUGGCGAGGACGGGCGAGGACAAAGUCUCCGAGCGUGAUGAUCAUCGGCAAGAGCAUGAUACGCAAGUGUGACAAUGUCGAGUAUAUUUCUUCUGGCCAGCUUGUUUGUACUCUGCCAGCUCUUGCUCUCAGCAAGCAAAUGUACGAUCCUGUCACGAGAACUAUUGUUGUGAACGUUUUAGUGGAUACUGGAGAGAAGAGGAGCCAUCAAGACCAGCACUCGAAGUUCAUCUACACAUCCAUUCCUGCUUUUUUCAGCUGCGACAACAUAAUGGUUGCUCAGAACGACUGCUACAAUUGCUGUCGCAGGUCAUGUUUUACUGAUGUGAGGACUCAAACGAUAGAUCCUGCGUCAAUCGAUGCUGUAUGUACAUCAAAUUGCACCGCUUAUUGUCACAUGUGAGGAAAAGAUAUUUUGUUGAGGAAAUAUGCGGUUUGUUUGGAAUAUGAUUAAACUUGUUAAUCU